AUGGAAGAUCAAGCAGAGAGCAAGGAGAGAUUGCAGCGGGCGCCCUUCGAGACCGCCCUGCAUCAUGCCGGCUACGGCUGCUUCCAAUGGCUGCUGCUGAUGUCGUGCGGCGCCGUAUACGCAGUGUGCGCACUCAGCACGACGACGCUCAGCUUCGUCCUGCCGGCCGCCGAGUGCGACUUCCACCUCUCCUCCAGCGACAAGGGAAGGCUCACUGCCACCCCGCUCAUUGGGAUGUGCGUCGGCUCCUACUUUUGGGGCAACCUGGCGGAUGCCCGCGGACGACGGAAGGCCAUUAUUGGAGCUCUGCUUCUCGAUGCCUUAGCAGCUUUCCUGUCGAGUCUCAUGCAAUCUUUCCCUGCAUUUCUAGCUUGCAGGUUCUUCUCUGGUUUCGGGAUCAUCGGCGCAACGGGCCUAGUGUUCCCCUACUUUGGGGAUUUCCUCUCGCUUAGACAUCGUGACGUAAUGCUGUGUAGACUUGAAGUUUUUUGGACUUUUGGGACUAUUCUUCUACCAGGCAUUGCUUGGCUAAUCAUCCAAGACCCACGAUUCAACAUAACAGCGGAAAAUGCCGAGUUCCAGUACACAUCGUGGCGCGUGUUCGUCGCAGCUUGUGGCAUCCCGAGUCUUCUCGUGGUGCUGUUGCUGAUGCCCUUCCCCGAGAGCCCAAGAUAUCUGCUGCACGCCAACAAGACCGAACAGGCUUUGCAAGUGUUGCAGAGGAUAUUUGUUGUCAACACAAAGCUUACUGAAAAAGACUUCCCGGUGGAAUCGAUGAUCAGCGCGUGUGAUGGGGAGGAAGAGGAAGUAGUAAGACCAGACCCUAACGGCAACGAGACGAAGACGCCCCUGACCUGGAACCAACGGUGGCAGUCUUUCUGGAACCGCAAGAAGAUGCUGGUCACUCCGCCGUACAUAGGGUUGCUGGUGUUAUGCUGUUUCGUUGAUUUUGGACUUAUGUUUAGUUACUAUACGUUAAUGAUGUGGUUCCCUGACCUUUUCGAGAGAUUCAGUCAAUUUUCCUCACUGUACCCUGACGUGUCAGCUGGAGUCUGUGAGGUGUCUGCUAAUGUCACUAGGAGUGAGUUACUGGGCAAGCACGAGUGUCCGCAAGUGAUAGAUGAUAAAGUGUACAUACAUACGUUAGUAGUGGCUUUAAGCUGUGUACCCAUGGCGUUAUGGGUAGGCCUCACCAUCAACAUGGUAGGCAAGAAGCUUAUGUUAGUGAUGAUGUUAAUAUGUUCCGGUCUGGCCGCUCUGGGCCUCAACCUCGUGCGGUCUUCUCUAGAGAACCUGUUGCUCUCGUGCGUCUUCGAGGCCAUCGUCAGUUGCACAGAAGCGGUUCUUUUCUGUGUCAUAUGCGAGAUAUUCCCCACUAAAGUCGCGGCCACGGCGAUGGCAGUGACGGUGAUGUGCGGCCGCGUGGGCGCCAUCGUGGGCAACGUGGUGUUUGGGGCGCUGGUGGACCAGCACUGUAUAGUGCCUAUAUACAUGUUUGGCUCCUUCCUCAUAACGAGCGGGCUACUGUGUACGAUUCUACCAAAGAGCACUCGACCGGAGCGGCCGCAUUGA